AUGUCCGAACGCGCCCCCAUUCGUGGCGGCCGUAACCCCCAUGCACGCGGAGGCGCCAAAUCCUCUGCUGGCCCCGCGGGCCAGUCAGAGAAGCCGAAAAAGGAGAACAUACUGGACCUGAGCAAGUACAUGGACAAAGGCAUUCGAGUGAAGUUCAAUGGGGGGCGGGAAGUUGAGGGCGUGUUGAAAGGAUAUGAUCAAUUGAUGAAUUUGGUGCUAGACGAAGUCAAAGAGGUUUUGAGGGAUGAUGAGGGAAAUACAUCGCAUCGGAGCCUAGGCUUGAUCGUCGCGCGGGGUACUCUAUUGGUCUUGAUCAGUCCAUUGGAUGGCAGUGAAGAGAUUGCAAAUCCUUUCGUGCAGCAGGAGGAUUAG